AUGGCCGACUUGGUCCUGAAGGAGAAAAGGAAGGCAUUUAUCCAGUCGGUGACCCCGGGCACCAUAAAUGGCUUGUUGGAUGAACUAUUAGAGAAAAAAGUGCUGAACCAGGAGGAGAUGGAGAAAGUAAGAAAUGAAAAUACCACUGUUAUGGACAAGGCCCGAGCUUUGAUAGAUUCGGUCACUCGGAAAGGGCCCCAAGCAAGCCAGAUCUGCAUCAUUUACAUUUGUGAAGAGGACUCCCACCUGGCAGACAAGCUGGGGCUCUCCUCAGGUGCACACUCGGAAAAUGCUCAUAGUACGCAAGACUCCCUAGCACAGCCUCUCCUCUUCUCAGCUCGCCAGGCAGUGCAAGAAAACCCAGCUAACCUUGCAUCCCCAGGACCAGGAGGGAGCCUCAAGCUUUGCACCCUAGAAAUAGCCCAAAGGAUACGGAAUGAAAAGUCAGCAGAGAUUUACCCAAUAAUGGAAAAGCUUACUCGCAAACGUAUUGCCCUCAUUAUCUGCAACACAGAGUUUGACAAGCUUCCCAAGAGAACUGGAGCUGAUGCUGAUAUCAGAGGUAUGAAGAUGUUGCUAGAAGGUCUGGGAUAUGCAGUGGAUGUAAGAGAAAAUCUCACUGCUUCGGACAUGAUUACAGAGCUGAAGGCAUUCGCUGCCCGGGAGGAACACAAGGACUCUGACAGUACUUUUCUGGUGUUCAUGUCUCAUGGUAUUCGGGAAGGCAUUUGCGGGAAGAAACACUCUGAGGAAGUCUCAGAUGUAUUAAACAUCAACACCAUCUUUCAAAGUUUGAACACUAGGAACUGUCCAAGUUUGAAGGACAAACCCAAGGUGAUCAUUGUCCAGGCCUGCCGUGGUGAGAAUGAAGGGGUGGUGUGGUUAAAAGAUUCAUCAGGAGGUCCUGGAACUGGCUUCUCAUUGGAUCCAGAAGAUUUUGAAGAUGAUGCCAUUAAGAAAGCCCACAUAGAGAAGGAUUUUAUUGCUUUCUGCUCUUCAACGCCAGAUAAUGUUUCUUGGAGACAUCCCAAACGGGGCUCUCUUUUUAUUAUUAAACUCAUCGAAUGUUUGCAAGAAUAUGCCUGGUCCUGUGAUGUGGAGGAAAUUUUCCGAAAGGUUCGAUUUUCAUUUGAGUCACCCGAUGGUAAGGCACAGAUGCCCACCACUGAAAGAAUGACUUUGACAAGACGUUUCUACCUCUUUCCAGGAUAUUAA